AGUAAAAAGAAAAGAAGCAUUAGAUAAACGUCAGACUAGUCUGCCGAAUUUCUUUUUUGUAAAUUUAUUAAAAUAUUAAUUGCCGGAAAAAUCUUAAAGAAAGAAACAAAAUUUACGAAAACCUUAUACGUUUUUUCCGUAUAAUUUUAAGUAUAUUAAGGUAGUGUGGAAAUUAUUUCCUUAGCAAAAACCAAAAAAUAAAAAGAAUGAACCCCUGUGCUGUGCCCACCCAACGCCCGGACGUAGAUGGCGACGAACGCUGGAUUUGCAUUCAUCGUCGAUUUAUUUCUGAAUGUCGUGAAAAGGAUCCUGACGUUAUAUUUCUCGGAGAUUGUGUUCUAGAAACACUGCAGGAUUCGGAAACAUGGAAUGAAUAUUUUGCACCAAUGCAUUGCCUUAACUUCAGCAUACGUGGUGAUCGAACGGAAAAUGUGCUUUGGCGUGUGGAAAACGGUGAACUGGACAACGUUAAACCGAAGAUUGUGGUAUUGCAUGUGGGCACUAAUAAUACGGAAAAUACGGCUGAGCAGAUAGCGGAAGGUAUAGUGGAAAUUGUGCAUAGAAUACGUGCGAAGUUGCCGGACACUUAUAUCGUAUUACCUACAUUACUGCCUCGCGGUCAGCUACCAAAUAAAUUGAGAGAGAAAAACGAUGCGGUUAAUCGAAUUGUUAAGGAAAAAGUAAUUGGUCUCAAUCAGGUGCAAACUGUUUGCAUUGAUAAGGGUCUGUUGCAAACAGACAACAGCAUUAGUCAUCACGACAUGUUCGACUAUAAAAAUUUGACGAAUAGUGGCGCGAAAAAAGCAUUCGAGCCGGUUCAUGAUUUACUCUCACAGAUUUUGAAUGAAAAUGAACCAGAAAAGGAUUUAACGCCAUCAGAAUAGUUGCAUGCAUAUGCCUAUUGGGCCGAAAAUGUCCUAUAAACUAUUGUAACUGCAUUAUCGACAUCGGCAUCACACAAACGGAACGAAGACUACAAAUGCCAGAUAAAAGUUUUCUCGGCAGCUUAAAGCAGCAACUGGUCAUUUCUUAAAAUGCUCACAUAAAAAGCUAAUUUAUAUACAAAAACAAAACAAAAAAAACAA